AUGCCGACUGCUACCCCUGCUCAACUUGCUCAAAAUGUACUCCUAAUCCGAAUUACAAUGCACAACAUGGGGAGGUUCUUUGAAGAUGAUACUCGAAGUGGAAAUCACACAAGCAUAUUCCUCAUCACCAGCAAUCGAGCCUCUAUACGCCUCAACAUGACUAAAGCUGGAGCGACUGAUACCAUGGGAACAUACACAAUAAGCUUUUGUGGCUAUACAGAUUCAAAUAGCUCUGUCACGAACAUUGAUAUCACGCCUGUCCAAGGCCUGACAGCCGCUCACUUCACACAACUCAUCACCCAAAAUCAUCGUGAGAGAUAUCAGCUGGCUCGUAGUGGUGUGGAUUGUCGCUUCUGGGUUUCGACCGUGAUCAACGAUAUGGCCUUGGCUGGUUACAUUUCUGGUUCCAGUGCCAUCAGCGCUUCCAGAGCAAGAGAGAUGUUACGGUACAACUAUUCUAAGGGGAAGCAGCCACAAUUUGAAUAA